AUGGAUUUUUUCUUUGAUGCAUGCUUUCUGGUUGAUGGUUCCUUUGUUCUAUAUACUGGCUUCUCUUCUUUUGGCACAGUUGUAUUCCUCGAAACCACCUGCAAAGGUGGAUUAGAACUGUGUCAUCCACAUUACCAUUACGCCACUGUGAGGUUCAAGAUGAAAGGACAGUGGUCAGUUGUUACCUUGAAAGUCGUGACAGGAUUCAUUCCUCUUUCAAGGAGUUGCACCCUCAGGCUAUCUCCAAUGCUGAGCCCAUUCUCCUUCACCAGUUGGGUCCAUCCACUUGCAAUGCAAAUCCCUCCCAGAAAACGGCUAGAUACAGUAAGCAUGAAAUGGGCAUCUGCCGUCUUUGAAAACCCUGCAGCUGACCUUUUCGAGCAUUCGAUUUUGAUGCAGUCCUUCACGACUCACGAAUCGGUCAAGGCUCAAUUUCAGAUAUCAUGUAGAAGUGGGAAUAGCAAUCUAGUUAGCAUGAAUGAACAAUGAAGAGACAAGGGGAGAACCCACCUGACAUUUGUAGGACUGGC